AUGAAGGGGGCAUUCAACUGCACGGGUCCCGGUCCGCUGCUACCGCCGCUGCCGUCGCCCCUCGCCGCCCUUGCCCUCGCCGCGGCCCUCCUCCUGUCGGCCGCCGCCGUGCUGGGCAACGCGCUCGUGGUGCUGGCGGUCGCCUACUUCGCGCGCCUGCGGAGCCCCACCAACGCCCUGGCGCUGUCCCUCGCCGUCGCCGACCUCCUCGUGGGCGCCGUCGUGGUGCCGUUCAGCGCCACGCGGGCGGUGCGCGGCUGCUGGCUCCACGGAGCCACCUUCUGCCAACUCCACACGUGCCUCGACGUCAUGCUCUCCACCGCCUCCAUCGUCCACCUCAGCUGCAUCGCCUUCGACCGUUACGUGGCCAUCUGCGACCCGCUCAGCUGCAUCACCUUCGACCGCUACGUGGCCAUCUGCGACCCACUCAGGUACACUGCCCGCGUGACUCCCGGCGCCGUCGCGGCCAUGCUCGUGGCCUGCUGGCUGGGGCCGCUGCUCUACGUGGCGCCCAUCAUGCUGGGCCUGCAGAGCGUCGGCGCCGAGGCGUCGCUCGCCCUCGCCUGCCCCGACGACUGCCCCUUCGUCAUGAGCGCCACCUUCUCGCUGGCGGCCACCUCUUGCAGCUUCGUAGCGCCCAUGAUCAUCAUGCUGGCCGCCUAUGCUCGCAUCUACCGCGUGGCACGCAGGCACGCGCGGAGCAUUGCGUCGCGCCCGCCGGCACCCCCUGGUGGCGGCGACGGGGCCAAGGGGAUGGCAGCGGCCUCAUCGUCCUCGUCGGCGCCGCGGAGGUGGCGGCAGGAGUACAAUGCCACCAAGACGCUGGGCGUCAUCCUGGGGGCCUUCUUCGCCCUCUGGCUGCCCUUCUUCUCGGCGGCAGUGGCCGAUGGCCUGCCUGGCGGGCCCCGCGUGGACGGCACGACGUGGCAUUGCGUGACUUGGCUGGGCUACGUGAACUCGGCGGUGAACCCCGUGCUCUAUGCGUCGCUCAACCGCGCGUUCCGGCGCGCCUUCGGCAUCCUCUUCAGCCCCCGCGAGUUGGCCAAGGGCAGGAGGGAUGCCGAGUUCACGGACUGA